AUGUUCAUGUGUGUGUGUAUUUACAGUCUAUGGUCCUACUCCUUCCACAGACUCAGACUCACAGAGGCCUGGUCCUUCCACAGACUCACAGUGGCCUGGUCCCCCCACAGACUCACAGUGGCCUGGUCCCCCCACAGACUCACAGUGGCCUGGUCCCUCCUUAAUAUUUACAGUCUAUGGUCCUACUCCUUCCACAGACUUACAGAGGCCUGGUCCCUACACAGACUCACAGUGGCCUGGUCCUUCCACAAACUCACAGUGGCCUGGUCCUUCCACAGACUCACAGUGGCCUGGUCCUUCCACAGACUCACAGUGGCCUGGUCCUUCCACAGACUCACAGUGGCCUGGUCCUUCCACAGACUCACAGUGGCCUGGUCCCUACACAGACUCACAGUGGCCUGGUCCUUCCACAAACUCACAGUGGCCUGGUCCCUACACAGACUCACAGUGGCCUGGUCCUUCCACAAACUCACAGUGGCCUGGUCCUUCCACAGACUCACAGUGGCCUGA